UCGUUCAACAAAGUCAACUUGCAACCUCAUCGUCGAUUCAUUUGUCGCUACAAACAGUGCAGUGGAUAAAAGCGAUGGCCGAAAACCCUUCCGUACCCUUCUCGAAGCAACUGCGCAUCGCCACUCGGGACAUUCACAGCGUAAGCGAUGCGCUCGUGAACGCCAAGCUUGCCUUCGCUCUCUACGACAACCGGGUGUGGGCCGAAGGACUGUUAAUUUUCUACGACAUUUUCAAGCACCUCGAACGGCGUGUGCCUCACGAUUUCCUGCCCCCGGAACUGCACCGUACGGCCGAGUUCGAACAGGACCUGCGGCACUACCUUGGCGAUGGCUGGGAACGGAAGCACACCCCGAAGCCAGAAGUGCGUGCGUAUCUGAAGUAUUUGCUGGAAAUCGAACGCGAAAACCCGAACCUGCUGCUGGCGUACGUGUACCACCUCUACAUGGGCCUUCUGUCGGGUGGACAAAUCUUACAAAAAAGGCGUGCCGUUACGCAACGGCUAAAUCCUUUCCGACGCACGUCCUCGACGGAGGUAGCACAGGGUGCCGCACUGACUGCAUUCGCGGACCAUUCCAUCUACGAGCUGAAGCAGCGGCUGCGCAAGGUGGUGGACGAGUUUGGGGCGCGGAUCGAUGACGAAACGCACCGCCGGAUGCUCGACGAGAGCCGCAAAGUGUUCGAGCUAAACAACACCAUCAUCCGGACGGUGCAAGGUACGGGACGAGCGAACGCGCGCAUUCUGGCGUACCUUGCCGUGGCCGCCGUGGCAAUGCUCGUCGUGCAUUAUGUCGUGCGGAGUAGUAGCACUGAGGCUAGAGAUAAAUAAGUGUGUUGCAUUUUACAUGAAGUUUGAGUGUCACAGAUACAA